UGGAGAAGAGAUCCCUCCCAAUGGGCAAGUCCGAAGUUCAAGCCCGAAGUCCCUACUGUCUUAUCUCUUUGUAUUCUAACAUACUAGGAUUCUCGAUCCCGUUAUAUAUGGGAAAUACCCAAAAGAAAUGGUAAAUAUUCUUGGACCAGCCUUGCCGCAAUUUUCGAGCAAUGAAGUGAAGAACUUAGAGAACUCGAGAGCAGAUUUCAUCGGUAUUAAUCACUAUACAAGUUACUUCAUUCAAGAUUGUUUGACCUCUGCUUGUAAUACCGGACAUGGAGCUUUUAAGGCCGAAGGAUUUGCCCAUAAAUUAGACCGUAAAGGCAAUGUUUCUAUUGGAGAACUUACCGAUGUAGAUUGGCAGCAUAUUGAUCUAGAAGGAUUUCACAAGAUGCUGAAUUAUUUAAAAGAUAGGUACCCAAACAUACGGAUUUUCAUAACCGAAAACGGUUUUGGAGACUUGCAAAAACCUGAAACAACAGAUAAAGAACUUCUACAUGAUACAAAAAGGAUUCAAUACAUGAGUGGAUACUUAGAAGCUCUACAAGCAGCAAUGAGGUAAAGAAUUUACGUAAAUUUGUGGAGAAAUUCAUUUCUUAGUUAUAUUUUGAUCAUUUUAUCUACUGUCAAUUUACUAAUUCUAUAUAAGUUGUGAAUUUUGUUUUGGUAGGGAUGGAGCAAAUGUGAAGGGUUAUUUUGUGUGGUCACUAUUAGACAAUUUUGAGUGGUUGUUCGGAUACAAGGUUCGGUUUGGUCUAUUCCAUGUGGAUCUGACAACACUUAAAAGAACACCGAAACAAUCAGCUUCAUGGUACAAAAACUUUAUCGAAGGACACGUGAA